ACUAGCUGCUAAUUAAUUGGUGUACGGCCAAUUGGUUGCUAAUUCUGUUUACAUGAUGCUAAUAAACUAGCGGACAGUAUAUGGAGCUAAUGACACAAAAUCGCAAAAUAGGGAAACAGUAUUACGCAAAAUGUCAUCCUGUGAGGAAAAUUUUUCAACUGCGUUUGGUAUCGUUUGUGAUUUGGUGGAAAUAGAAAUUUUAAAAAGUGCUGAGCCAGCUCAAAAGAAACGGAAGCGGUCAAAAAGAUCAGUGUGGGUGCGACCAUGGAUUACACGCCGGAAAAUGUAUGGGUUUAGCACAACAUUACUUUCCGAAACUCGAGAGGAGGACCCAAAAUCCUUCCGAAAUUUCCUUCGCAUGAGCCCGGAAAAGUUUGAUGAAUUGCUUAUUUUGGUAAAACCAUACUUAACCAAGAAUGAUACUACGUUCCGUGAAGCAAUCCCUGUAAAACUCAAAUUAGAGGUAGUUCUUGCCUACCUUGCCACAGGAUGCAGUUUUGGCAUGCUGGAGGCAUGUUUUCGUGUACCAAAGCCAACAAUAUCCCAGUUUCUUGUUCCAGUGCUUCAGACCAUAUCUACUGUUUUGAAAAAGAACUUGCAGGUACCAUCAACAGCCGAAGAAUGGCGAGUGGUGAUGGAGGGAUUCAACAGUAAAUGGAACUUUCCGAAUUGUUAUGGAGCAUUAGACGGAAAACACGUCAGAAUCCAAUGCCCUCCUUGUAGUAAUAGUAAUUACUAUAACUACAAAGGCUUUUUUAGCACGAUUUUGUUUGCUUUGGUGGACGCCAACUACAAGUUUAUUUAUGUAGAUAUCGGAAAGAAUGGCCGAGUCAACGACGCAUCCAUUUUUCGUGAAUGUAGCUUGAAGAAGGGGAUUGAAAAUGGAACCAUUCGUUUUCCGAAAGGAGGGGUAUUGGUUGGAGACGACGCUUUUCCAUUGUCACACUACAUGAUGAAACCGUAUGCGCACCAUGGAUCUUUGACUGAAGGUGAAAUAAUUUUCAACUACAGGCUUUCGCGUGCCAGAAGGGUAGUAGAAAACGCAUUCGGAAUAUUGGUGUCCCGGUUCAGAAUUUUGACACGGCCGAUUGACUUGGUACCCCAAAAAGUGGACGAAAUUGUAAAAACUGUGUGCUGCCUGCACAACUGGCUACGUCAAACCAGUCCAAGUACCUACUUUCCGUUCGGCUGUGUUGACCACGAAGACUUGGAAAGUUGUAGCAUAAUUCCAGGCACGUGGAGAAAUGAGAUUUCUGAAAUGCAACCAAUGCAAGCUUCCAGCUCAAGAAAUUACACUAAAGAUGCGGCGGCAAUUCGGAACUCGUAUAAGGACCACUUCAUGGGACCAGGUGCCGUCGAAUGGCAAUGGAAGCAUCUGAAUCGCCAGUAGAUGUGGUCUUCAGCAUUUUCGUAGUUCUACUAUUGUUGCUGUUUUCCUUCUGUAUUCGAAAGGACAACUGACAUACCGCCGACAAGACAUGGUAUUUUUUGUAACGGUGAAUUCCUAUAAAGCUAGUAGCAUAGGGCUCCAGCAGUUUCUUGAUCGCAGUUUUAAUAUCUUUUAUCUGAUUUUUCUAAAUAAAUUUAGUGAUUUA